AACGGAAACCAGCACAGAGAAAGACAAGUGAAGACAAAAUGGCGGAGUGAGUGGGUUGCGCUUUGUAAAGACGGCUGUGACCCUUGAAGUUCGUCAAAAUCGCGUUUAAAGGACUAAAUAGUCUAAACAAGUAGUCAGCAUAGGAAGUGCUGUUAAAAAGACUGAUAUUGUCCUUUAACACGGAGGAGGCUCGGACAUUUUUCCGCGGUGGUCCUUGCGAAAUCUUUAGCUUGAUGCUAGCUACAUUUGGCUAGCUGCUACUUCGAGGACCUGGAUGAUUGUUAACGGCCAUCAUCUUAUCAGGAUUUAUUGUGGGACAAAAACGUUUUGAUUUAGGCAGGGUAUUUCAUGUUCCGGUGGCGAUAUCAUUUUAACAAAGAAUUUUUUAUAUACUGCCGUGAAUACAACGAGUGGGAGAAGCAGUUUUCCAGCUUGUUUGCUAUCUGACCACAGUAUUGUUAGUUCGCCCUUAAUUGCCUCGACCAUAUAUCCAGCACAGGACUCUGUAUGUUCUGCUAACAUUUGGGCCAGAUUGUCCCUCAGAAAAUUUCCUUAAGUGAUCGAGUGGAUAUUGGGAUUUGGUGGUUAUGGCGAGCAGCAGUGGCUCCAAAGCCGAAUUUAUUGUCGGUGGAAAAUACAAGCUUGUCAGAAAAAUCGGAUCAGGAUCUUUUGGUGACAUAUAUCUGGCCAUCAACAUCACAAAUGGAGAGGAAGUAGCAGUAAAACUGGAAUCACAGAAAGCCAGACAUCCACAGUUAUUAUACGAAAGCAAGCUGUAUAAAAUUCUACAAGGAGGCGUUGGGAUUCCACAUAUAAGGUGGUAUGGCCAGGAGAAGGACUACAAUGUCCUAGUCAUGGAUCUGCUGGGACCCAGUCUGGAGGACCUGUUCAACUUCUGUUCUCGCCGCUUCACCAUGAAGACAGUUCUUAUGCUGGCAGACCAGAUGAUCAGCAGAAUUGAGUAUGUACACACAAAGAACUUCAUUCACAGAGACAUCAAACCAGACAACUUCCUCAUGGGCAUUGGACGUCACUGUAACAAGUGUUUAGACUCGUCAGUGGGGAAGAGGAAACGAAGCUUGGCUGUUAGCUCUGCUCAGGAUCCAUCUUUCUCAGGAUUAAACCAGUUGUUCCUUAUUGACUUUGGUUUGGCUAAGAAGUACCGAGACAACCGAACACGGCAGCACAUCCCCUACAGAGAAGACAAGAACCUGACUGGCACGGCACGCUAUGCCUCCAUCAACGCACACCUGGGCAUCGAACAGAGUCGUCGUGAUGACAUGGAGUCGCUAGGUUAUGUGCUGAUGUACUUCAACAGAACCAGCCUGCCUUGGCAGGGAUUAAAGGCUGCCACAAAGAAGCAGAAGUAUGAGAAGAUCUCAGAGAAGAAGAUGUCCACCCCUGUUGAGGUCCUCUGUAAGGGUUUCCCAGCAGAGUUUGCCAUGUAUCUGAACUACUGCCGCGGCUUGCGCUUUGAGGAGGCUCCAGACUACAUGUACCUGCGCCAACUGUUCCGCAUCCUCUUCAGGACUCUGAACCACCAGUAUGACUACACGUUUGACUGGACCAUGCUGAAACAGAAAGCAGCCCAGCAGGGGGCCUCCUCCGGGGGCCAGGGCCAACAGGCACAAACCCCCACAGGCAAGCAAACUGACAAACCCAAGCCUAACAUGAAAGGUUUCUGAGCAGUCUAUGAGGGCGGAGCAGCGCAACCAUUGGUAACCAGGACCACCAGUCUCUCUUCCUGGACAAGUGACAAAGUCUGUCUCUCUCUCCUUCCAUAAUAACUAUCUAUGUAAUGGAUAUAUAUAGAUAUACACGCCUCUGUCUGCUGCGGUAUCUAUAUAUCGGUAUGUAUAUACAGUAAAACACUCUCCACUCCGAAAGAAAAGAGGAAUUGAAAAAGCAGGGUUUUGGAUGUGGAGGCUGUAGCCCCCCUCCCCCCACACAAAAACACCCUCCAUCCAUCCCUCCAUCCCUUUCCUUCUCCCUCACACUCUCCUCUUCUCAGCAUUGUCUUUUCAUUGGGUUUCUUUGGAAACUGAAAAGUUAAGAGGAUAAAAGGUCGGCUGACCCCCAGUUUUUCUCUCCCAGUGAAUACAUCUCGAAUGUCCCCCCCCCCCACCCCCUCCACCCCACCCCCACCCCCACCCACCCACUUACCCUCUCCCCACCUGCCAUUGUUUUACCCCCUCCCUCCUUCUAUCAAAGCGAAAGUGAAAAGAUAUAAAUCUACAAAGCUGUUUUCCCUUUUGUUGUUUCUGAAACCAGUGAAUGAUGGAAUCUUGGGUAUUAUUUACUUUAAAAAAAUUUAAAAAAUGUCAGAUUUCUAUUUUUUUUUCUUUUUGUUUUCUUUCUUUUGUUUUCCUAUGGUGAUUAGGAGUGUGCCUGUUGACAGUAUAAGCAUCUGACAGCGACAGUCUAUGGUAGAAUGAUACUCUGGCUCUCUCCCUCUCUCUUUAGAGCUCUGUAUUAUUAUUAAAUCUGUUGUAAAACAUGGUCUUCUGAAACAGUCUCCAAAAUACAAAUAAAAACCAUUAAAUAACUCAGACUACCAAGCACAAGUCCUUAUCCCUUAGCCUCUUGAAUGUGAAUGGCUCAGAGAAGGAAAACAAUGUUUGUCUGUCUGAAGAUGGUGAUGUUUGACUGAUGUAACUGUUUCAUACACACACACACACACACACACACACACACACACACAUACACACACACACUUUUAUUAGGGGCGCAAUUAACCCAUAAUUGGGUUAUGUUAUAUUUUUUUGUGUCAUGAUUUCGGUUCGGUUACUUUUGCACAUCGGGGGGGAAAAUACAACCAUUCCCAGUGCUCUCUGUGUUUUGUCUUAUUUGUUAAAAUAACAUUAGUCUGGUUUCAAACUAAGACUAUUUAAAUCAAACACAAAUACUUAAAGUAUAUUCAGUUAUUCAUCAGCUAAGUGUAUGGUUGUAUGACUCACACAGUGGAUGUUUGUAACACUGCACGUUUUAUCUCUCAGUUCAACACUCAGUCAAGGAACUCAUUUGCUCUGAACGUCCAACCAUCACUGCUGAGAACUUUUAUAGGGUGUGUUGUGUAUUGAGCAGUUCAUUUUUUCACAAUUUGUUGUUACACCCCAACAAUCAGAUGAUUUCCCCUCCCCUUAUUUUUACAGUGUGCAUCUCCUUGUUCUUCUAGUGCUGGUGUUUUUCAUUCUCUCCUGUUGUGUUGCUGCCAUCAACUCUAGUCAGCACAAACCAUCUGGUUGACUGAUUGCAGAGUGUGUACUAAGAUAGUAACAGUAGGAGAGAAGGCUUCCUGAUCAGAAGUAUACAUCAGUAAUGUAUAAAACCCCACGACACUCAAUAUUACUCUAAUUUCUGUAAUAUUUGUACUUCUAUGUAAAAUUCAUAGUUUUGGGUUCUCAAAAUAGCCUUAUUUUUCUGCUGCCUUAUUGGCAGUAAACCUCAAUGUGUUUGAAGCUUAGAUUCUCAAAAUGGUGGCUAGAUGGUUUGCAAUAUUAAUUUGGGCGCAGCCGUCCUCUUCCUCCUCUGUUUUCUGCUGUGAAUGUCAGAGCCACAACCUUGUGGAACAUAAAACCAAACCCCCAUACGCUGAUGAUACAUGUUUUGGAAAUGAAUGUGUUCUUGUGUGUUUUCUUCCUCCGUGAAUGUGCAAGUGAAAAUAUAGUGAUCUGGACACACCAUUUUUAUGUUUAUCAUGUGUACAUGUUAGGUAAUGGCUAAUUUUAGGCCAGUAAAACAACUUUGGUUUGGUGUAGCCAUGAGUUUAUGCUUUGGAAAUGGAUCCCAGGUUGUCACAAGCAGAGCAUUAAUGUCUCCGCCCAUCAAACUAUUUCUGAUGAUGUCUCUUCUAUGAAAUCCUCUCCUAGUGGGUAACAUAUUUUUCUCACUUUAUAUGCAUGAAGGUAUAUCUUUGCAUUUGAGACGGUGUGCUUAUUUCAUGAAAUUUCAUGAGUCCAGGCUGUAUUCUGUUAGUCAUUAUGACAAACACUUAAGAUUUCACAUGUAACCCAGCUUUUGCUAAGAAAAAAAUGUCAGUACAUUGAAUAUUUUUGUCCAGGAAAGCCAGGGUUUCAACUUUUGGUGAUGGUGUCAUCCUUUCAUCCUGUCCUCCUAUCCGGGGAGUGUGGACACAUCCAGUUCCAAUUUUCUCAGACAGCCUACUAGUGGGACAGAGAUGGUUUUGAGUUCUAAGAUGUCGUGGCUGUCCUCUCUUCACCUCGUCUUUCCCUACCUUAGCCAACCCUAGCUGGCCUCCCCUCCUGUUUUCUCCCUCAUCUCCAGCCCUCACUGUAAUUUAUUCCCUUUUAGCAUGUCAAAAUAAAAGGUUAUAACUUGUCAGACAUUUGCUGUCCAUGGCUCUAUGAUUUGAAC